CUCCAGUGCAUCACGGCAUACACUGGUCACCAUGGCAACGUGGUGCUGGGGUUCCAAUGGGGUCAGACUGUGUUCAAACAUCAGAUACACAUGUGGCUAGACGACGGGGUAGGCAACCUUCGCCACCACUCUACCACCCCCAUGUACGGCAGAUAUAAGAUGGAGCGCAUGCUGUUUGUGCCCAGUCAACACGUCCUGGUGGGGUACUGUAACGACCUGUGCCUGCGUGUCCUCACGGACAACACUCAGGAGAUGGUUGUGCUGUACCACACCCAGUGCCCGGCCUCCGUGCUCUGCAUGCACUACUGUCUGGAGACCAACGAGCUGUUGACCGGCAGCAUGGGCCUCAUUGCAUUCUGGGGUUUCUGGACGUCUGCUCAGACGCCGCUGAGCCUGCUGCGGAUUCUGGACUGGACGCGGUGUUCCAUUGAGCGGGAGACCGUGGUCUCGGCCUUCGUGUCCCAGCGACAGACCAACUCCAUUUACGUCCUGUGCGACCGGAACAUAAAGAACUUUGAGCACACUGGUCAAAACGAGAAUUUUGAGUUCCGGGGUCAGAGCUACGCCACGCUCCGCUGUGUGGUCCCAGAGUGGCGGCAGAGGUAUCUGUACACAGGUGACGCUGAUGGCUAUGUGCAGGUGUGGAGCUGUGAUAUACGCCGUUUGUUCCUUCAGUUCCGCGCUCACGCCACUGCCGUCACUUCCGUGGUGCUGCUCGCCGAGUCUGGCAGCAUCCUAACCGCCUCGACAGGAUGUUGGAUCAAACAGUGGACGCGCAGUGGGGACCUCCUGCUCAAGCUGCACAUCAACAUGCCAGGAGGGGUGCGAAGCAUGUGGCCUCUCAGCAAAAACAUCGUCAUGUGCCAGUCGGCCACCAUCUUGGAUGUGUGGCGUCUGAACAGCAUCUACAGGUCUUUCAACGACACAGCCUGCACUGUGCGUGUGCUCAGACGGGUGGAGUGUUGCCGUGGGAGAUGUCGGAUUCUCGCGGUGACGCUGGACGGCAUCAUUCGAUUCCUCUCCCCAGUUACUGGAGAACUGCUGUUUCUCUCGUGGCCCUUCCUGCACAUCGACAAAGCCCUCGGCUUCGCCUACGCCCCCAGCCAGGAGGAGCUGUACUUGUGUGACGGAAGUGUGGAGGUCCUCGUGCUGAACACCACCCUCAGCCCCUGUCCGGUGACACGCGUCAUAAACACGGUGAGAGACGGCAAUGACGGCGUGUUGUGUUUGGAGACCGUAAUGGUCUGGAGCUCACAGGAUGGAGCUGGCGACGAGAGCCCAAACUGCCUGGUGUUUAGUGGACAUCGCAAUGGGAAGCUGGAGCUUCUCUCACCUCUCGGUGUGUUCUGCGAACCCCAGAAAGCGCACAACGGAGCGAUCAGUCAGAUAAGUAGCCUCCCUGGACAAAGGCCCUCGAUCUGUUGCUAUGGUACCGACUGCCUGUUUACCGUCUGGUCUGUCAGAUUGGAACAGUGCGAAGUGGUUCUGACUUUAGAGGGUCAGAUAAUCUGCGAUUUCACCCCAGUCCACUACACACUGAUGGACGGGUUAGUUUGUGCCGUGUCACCACAGCAACACUUGAUCUUUUAUUCUGUUCACGGGGUCAGAGUCGCAGAGAGGGAGAGGAAAAGGUCAGAGAGGAUAUCAUGCCUUGACUACUGCCCCCAGCUGGCUAUUCUCGCCCUGACGGGCAGCAGCGGUAAGAUUGAGAUCUGGAGUCAUGAAGGGGACUUGGUGGCCGAGAUCCAGCUCGGAGUGCCUGUGACACAACUGUGCUUUGGAAACGCGCGCGGUGACAUCCUUGCUUCCUUCGCAGACAGUAUCAGCAUCAUUUCAGCCACACAUGUUCUGCCAGCAAGCUAUUUGAGGACCGUGUUGGGGCAGGCUCCCCUGGACGACAUAGUUGAGCUACCUAUUCCCUUCCUUCCAAAAUCACCCUUGCAUUAUGACAUUGGCUUAGUGCCAAAGGUUUAUCUGAAGUAUCUCAAUCGGACCAAGGAGAAGGUCAUGAUUGAACCAACCCCUGAUCAGACCACAACCGAGGGCAUAUUGGAGGGAAUUCCUCCCGAGGAACAGAAAGAACAAACUAGCAAGUUCGUCAUCAUGCCCUACUGCUCAGCCGCAUGGAGGGCACCAGUGGCCAGGACAGCUAAGAACACUCAGCCAACGCCCCCAGAGGUGGAGCCCAAUGAGACGCCUGAUGCUCCCAAUGAAGCACUGAUCCAGACAAAGAGAUGCGAGCAGGACUUCCUCUCCCUCUUUAGACACAUCGCCCUAGAUGGUUAUAUUCCCAAUUCAGUGAUCCGAGCCAUCCAUUUACAGGAGGAGGAGGAGGAGGAGGAGGAGGCAGAGGAGGAAGAGUCUCUUGAGCGCUUCCUACCCACAUGCCUCCUGAGAGACUUUGAAGAAAAAGAGGAUGCCUCUGAACACACACAAGCCAUACAGGAGAUUUUAACACGUGCGAAGGUUACAAGAAGGGUUAAUGCACAGCUAACGAUAUUUAACCCUGAGGCCACUGGUCAAGAGGAGAGACAGGUGCCAGAGAAAAAGGUGCCAGAGAAAAAGAUGCCAGAGAAAAAGAGUCAAGAAACAGAGGAAGAGAUAGAUCAUGUCAAGCAGAGGGUCGAUGUACUGCUGGAACAUUUAAACGUAACGUGCCAGUUUUCUUACACGGAAUACUCUAACAAGCUGCUGGAGGUCCUUAGGAAGCAGCACCUGAAGCAGAGCCUUCUGGACCAAGUGAGAGGGAAGCUCCUCUCUCACAUCAGGGACGCGUCUCUUGUGUGGCGCCAGCACGAGGGCCUGAAGUACCUGCACCUGAUGCAGCUCCUGCUCAGCGACGACAUCGCUCUGAUUGGCACGUUCUUGGCCAGCUCGAACCAAGAGCUGCGUGACUUAACCCGUUACAUUCUGCGGGACGUGUUCCAAAUUUGUGAGAAGCAGGCACUAAAGGAGGAACUGCAGAAAACAAUGAGCAUGACCACAUUGGAGCCCUUUCUUGAUCAACUCUCUGACGACUUGGUGCUGAAGGAGAAUGUUGAUCAUGAUGAAACUUCACACAAAGCUACAAAACAGCGGAGAAAAAGCCAAGACAUGACGGGCAGAACCCAUCGUUCCUCCUCCAUUAAGUCUGAAUUCCAGCAACACGACGUCCAGCGGAGGGCAUUAGACCACAACGGUCAGCGGAGGGCAUUAGACCACAACGACUCACAAAAGGUCCGCCGAUCCUCCAAAGUGACCGAUGGAUCUACUAAAGUCUCUAAAGAACAAGAGAACCUCAGUGACAAUGAAGCGAAACAGACUCAAAUACAGACUGGCAUGUUCGACAGGACGACGUUCCAUCACACUCCUGAGCCUGCACGCCAGAAAAAACGUGCCGUCAAACCCCGAUCUAAAAAGGAGAAUCUCACUGAUCUGGAGCAGGCAGGCCCAUCACCUAAUGACCCAUUACUGUAUGCGUUUAGAAAAUCUCGCAAACACAACGUAGCUACAUAUCCGACAGUGGAAAAAUACGAGUCACACCUUCUGCCCAGUGACUCUGGCCUGGGCUCCCUGGUCAGCCAAGAGAUGUCCUCAGAGAAGGUGCCCUUUGGAGGUGAAGAUGGUGGCUCCCUGCCAAUCACCAAGCCCCACAAGCUCAUCUCUAAACCCCAGGACCUAAUUUCCCAGCAUCCUCAGCAUGUUUCCCAGUACUUCCGCUACAUCUCCCAGGAUCCUGAGCACAUCUCACAACAUCCUCACUACGUCUCUGAGCAUCAUGACUACAUUUCCCAGCAUCCUCAUUACAGUUCCCAGCAUCCUCAGCACAUGCACAAGCAUCCUCGGCACAUGACCCAGCAUCCUCUGCAAUUUUCCCAGCAUCCCCAGCAAAUCUCUCAGCAUGCUCAGCGUAUCUCCCAGCAUGGUCGGCGUAUCUCCCAGCGUCCUCGGCACAUGACCCAGCAUCCUCAGCAGAUCUCCCAGCAGCCCGGUCAUCUCUCGCGGCGUGCUGCCCUCGCGGCUGAGGAGCCCGGUGACCACGCCACGGUCCCCGGGGACACUGACCCCCACUGGAGGGAGAGCCUGCACAAGCUCAUCUCGCUGCACGGCUUCCGCUCCCAGAAGGCGGCGCGGGCGGCGGCCUCGUUGUGUGCAUGGCCGCUCGCGCUGCAGGCCCGUGACACGAGCCGGACGCUCCCACGGCUCCUCCCCCGGCCAGCGUGCAAGGGGGCACUGGGCGAGAGGGUGGCAGCGUGCCAGGGGGCACUGGGCGAGAGGGUGGCACAGAGCACAGAGAUGACGGACGCCUGCCGGGGCCCCGUGACGACGUUUCAACACCAACUUCCUCUGCCCUGGCGCCUCGGCCACUUCCCCCUGCAGCCUCACGGGCAGCUGAAGUACGGCAGACUCGAGAUGGACUGGGUCAGAGCGGACGAUGCCCAGCUCAGCCAGACGGGCAGGAUCACGCUGCCCAAAAUCAACCCCAAAGGCUCCCAUGUUCAGGCUUAG